AUGGCACCAUUGCUUCAGAGAAAAUCCUCGUCAGCUCGAUCCAUGGCACCACUCCGCAACCCACGAGGUGGGAAUCCGGUCCCAACCGAUGGGCCGCCGCCGAAAAAGCGCAAGUACGUCCCAGGCGGUCCCGGAGGCGGUGGUCGGUUUAUCGAAGUAGACGCGGUCGUUGAGAAAAAACCUCCUCCUACUCCGGCUUUGGCUUCUAUCGUCCAACCGAACUCGGUCCAGAGUCAUUCUUCCCCGCGUCCUCGGCGCGAAGUAACCACCAUCAACACCCCGCUUCCAAUGACAACUCCUCCUUCAACUCGCCCUCGAAGAGACCGUACUCAGAGCAGAGGCCGCUAUAGCUCGUCGACAGCUGCUGCUCUGGCAAUACAACAAGGCGAUGGAUAUAAGCCACGUGAGGAACGGGGCUGGGAGGAAUUCCACGAAGACCUCGAUAUUGAAGCAAAGUUGAUGGUAUUCAGUGCUGAGGAGGUAGACGGGACCACUCCCCAGCCUCUUCCAAAUGGGCAGUCUCUGAACAGUUCCCCUCUGCCUGUUGAUGGAAACAAUCCUGCUGCUGUUGCUGCUGCUGCUUCUUCUCUCUCCACCCCACUAGGCUCUCAAACUCCCGUCAAGAGAAAACCCGGUCGUCCUCCGCGACGCCCUGAUGCAAUGCUCAGAGCCCUGCUCACCCCCGAACAACCAAAAGCCGUUCCACUUCCCGGGCCUAAUCCUCGCGAAAAACUCACUUUGCCUACGCCGAAUUUCCAUCUCAGGGAUCCGUUUGAUCGUUACGAACACAAGGGUAUUGGUCAGCAAAACUAUGUGGACCGUACAAUGGCCAGUGUAGGCUAUCAAGAAACUGAUCUUUUUGUUCGUCACGAUCGCCGUCUCAUCCGCAUGGCAGAAGGAGCCAUAGAAGAGGAUUUGGACUUGGACCCGCCAACUACAGACGGCGAGACCAACGCCGCAAUCGGUUCCUUGGGCGUUGGAAGAGUCGAAUAUGAUAUGGACGAGCAGGAUGAGAAAUGGCUCGAAGACUACAAUUUCAAACGAAGAGAUGAUCAACUAGAGCCUAUAAAGCCCGCAGUCUUUGAGAUUACCUUGACGAAAAUAGAGAAGGAAUGGUAUGCCCUUGAAAAGAAAAUCCCGAAACCAAACCCGAAACCACCACAAACCCAGCGGCCGCGUUCUAGCUCCGCCGCCGCCGUCAACGGUGAGCCAGUGGGUGCUGGUGAAGAACAGGAUAGUAAAUGUGCGGUUUGUGACGAUGGUGAUUGUGAAAAUUCCAAUGCGAUUGUUUUCUGUGAUGGAUGUGACCUCGCAGUUCACCAAGAGUGCUACGGUGUUCCCUAUAUUCCGGAAGGUCAAUGGCUUUGUCGGAAAUGUCAGCUCAUCGGACGCGGCUCGCCAAAUUGUAUCUUCUGCCCCAAUACUGAAGGCGCCUUCAAGCAGACAAACACCUCCAAGUGGUCGCAUCUGCUCUGUGCAAUCUGGAUUCCUGAGGUGGGCAUCGGCAAUCAGUCUCUCAUGGAACCUGUCACAGAUGUCGAGAAGGUCCCAAAGAGUCGGUGGAAGCUGCAGUGCUACAUCUGCAAGCAGCGUAUGGGCGCCUCGAUUCAAUGCAGUAACAAAAACUGUUUUGUUGCCUUUCAUGUUACGUGUGCAAGACGGGCCCAGUUAUAUCUAAAGAUGAAAGCGGGCCAUGGCAACUCGGCCAUUAUGGACUCGCACCUGUUGAAGGCCUUUUGUCACAAGCACGUACCCCCAGACUGGCGCAAGGAACACGGGACAGACAUGGCCUAUGCGGAAGCAGUUGACUACUACAAAAAUACAAUGGAUGGCAAACGCUGGGGUGAUAGUCAAGCAAGUGCUCUCGCUCUGGGUCCUUCGCUUCCUGACGGCGCAGAGUUAGCAGAAAGUCAACUUUACCCCGGACCAAACCUCCAUUUGACUUUCAAUGCCGCCGGAAACAAGCGGAAACGCGCCGCCGUUCCGAGAACUAUUUGGAAGCUACCGUCUGGGGCUCCAGUUAUUCCUCAAACAGUGUUGAAUUCCGUGGUUGCUUCGUUGCAGCGCUUCGCUGUUCGCCAACGGAAACAGUAUGCCGAGGAUGCAUGUAAAUACUGGACCCUGAAAAGAGAGGCCCGCCGAGGAGCUGCACUCCUAAAACGGCUGCAGCUUCAGCUCGAGACGUUUUCUUCCAUGGAGAUUACCAGGCGAAACUUUGUUGCCAUGGGCCCCAUCGGCCGCUCCCGUCUCCAACGCCGCAUUGAUUUUGCAGAGCGACUUUCAUUCGAUGUUGACAAAGUGCGUGUUCUCUCUGAAAACGUCAAGACGCGCGAGACGCAGAAACUUGAGGAUGUCGAAAUGCUCCGUAACAUCGUCGACACUGUUUACUUUCCUAUCCCUCCUUUACUCUGGCCCAUCUUCGAGAAGGUCUAUGCGCUCGAUCCAAGAGGAGUUUUCGCUCCAAGUCUCCAAGCGGUAAAGGCCCGGCUAGAGUCUCGCUUUUACACAACAGUGGCCACAUUUUCGGCCGAUCUAGCGCACAUAUUUACCAAUGAAAUUGGUGUCCAACCGGCCGAGGACACGGCAGAGUUACAAAUGCAGAUGGGUGGAAGAGCACCCGAGCUCUCCCUUGACCAGCGCGAAAAGAGGAAACUAGCAAAGCGGAUUAUCAAGUCUAUCCAACCAUCUCUUGAGGAUGCCAUCCGUAAAGAGAGCGAGUUGAGUGGUAGGCCCUUUGAAAAAGAGCUCAAAGAGCUAGAUGCCAUCUUUGAGAGCGGAGUGCUAUCACGUAGGGUGUCGGUGAUUGAAGCAACUGAUCUAGAGUUCCACAGCGGCGACGCAUCAGCAAAUGGAACCUUGGAGGCUGAAGCUGCGGAUCAGUUGAGUGUCACCAAAGCUCAAUCUCCAGAAGACAGUGUGGUAGUCAAAAAGGAUGUCGACGUGCCCAUGCCAGAUGCGGAUACGCAAGAAGGCGUGCCAUUUGCGAAUGAUGAGAGCGAGAAAAAGCAGACAGAGCCGAAUGGCAUCACCGUUGCUGCACCUUCUCACGAGCCGUCCUCGAAUGGCGAUGUUCCAGCCGGCGUAUCGGCAACGGCCCCCGAACCCACGAGUCACGGUCUUGUCAAGAAAGAUAAUGGGCCUCGUAAUCGGGUCAUCGGGCCCAAUAAUCCCCUCACACCGCCGUUGAGUUCCCAAGGCGACCAACAACAAGGGCCACUCGCGCAAGGGGGCAUCCAAUGGUACAUGCAGCCAUUCGAUCCUAUUGGGACUACUAUCCACGAGGAAAGAUGGACAGGUCGCGAUGUCAUGAGAGGCAUGAGUGAGGAACUGAGUGAACUUGAUGAAGACGAGUUGGAGGGCUUGGUGGAUAAUGAAGGGAAAACCGGCCUCGGAUUGUCGAAUGGUGUGUCGAGUAUGGCUAAUGGGACAGCCUCUGAGCCUGUCAAAGUACAUCGGACGCGCCAUCGCCGGCGCGAGCGUGGUCUCUUUUCCCUUGCCAUCAUCUCGGCUCUUCUCUGCUCCAUCUUCCCAUCAACUCAACCCCCUUCUCACCCAUCCAAAAUGUCUGCCAUGGAGUACGAGAACGAGAACGGUCAUUACGACGAUGACCGCCGCUAUGAUCGCGACCGCAGUGCCUCUCCUCGAGGCGACUCACGCGCCGACCGCGACCGCAGCCUGUCCCCAAACGGCCGCGCUGAUGACAGAGCUCCCGUUGGUGAACCCAGAAAGGACGAGGAUGAGGAAGGAGCUGUCAACCCCGGAUCCAACCUUUUCGUCACGGGUAUCCACCCCCGCCUGACCGAAGCUGAUAUCUCUCGUCUGUUCGAGAAAUACGGUGACGUAGAGAACUGCUCGAUCAUGCUUGAUCCUCAUACCAAGGAGUCUCGUGGUUUCGGCUUCGUCAAGAUGGUCACUGGCGAGCAGGCCGACGCUGCCAAGGAGGGCUUGCAGGGCGAAGUUAUCGAGGGCCGUACUCUCAGCAUCGAGAAAGCCCGUCGUAGCCGCCCACGCACUCCCACGCCCGGCAAAUACUUUGGUCCUCCUAAGCGAGAGGUUCGCCGUGGUCCCUCCCGCGGAGGCCGUGACCGCUACGAUGACCGUCGCGGAUAUGGUGGUGGUGGUGGUGGUGGUUCUCGUCGCUACGAUGACUACCGCUAUGGUCGCUAUGACUCCUAUGGCCGCCGUGGUGGUGACUACCGUGACGAAUAUGGCUAUCGCGGUGGUGGUGGUAGCGGCGGUGGUGGACGUGACUAUGGCCGGGAUUACAACCGCGACUAUGGCCGUCGUGACGAGUACCGUGACGACUAUGCUUACCGUGGUGGCGGUAGCAGCGGAGGUGACCGAUACGCUUCUCGUGAAGAACGCUACCCUCGUGGUGAGGAGCGCCGUGGCGGUGGCGGUGGCGGUAGCGGUGGUGGUGGUAGUGGUGCCGGUAGUGGUGCUCCUGCUGCUGCUGGUAGUGGUGAAGAGCGUCGCAGCGGCGGCAGUGGCGGCGGCUACUACGAUCGCGAUGCAAGUGCUCCCAGCUACGAGCAAGCUCCCCGCGAAAACCGUGACCAGUACUCUGGUGGCGGCGGUCGCUCCUACGAAGGUCGUGGUGAGGAAAGAUACAGCGCCAGGUAG